CAGAGUAAUGUUUACGUAGAAACGAAACCGAAAGUACAAACAACUGUCAAAAUGAGCAAAACAUUUACAUCUCGUCCUGGCGUAACCCGAGGAAGGGGUCGGGGAAACGAGUUUCAGCCACGCCCGGUCAAUCAACCCCAAGAACAAGAAGGGGCCGUUCAAACGGGGGCUAGGCCGCGGGUAGGGGCUACAGGUCGAGGUUCGACAGGGACUGCUAUUGGGACUGGGAGGGGGUCGUUUGGGAGGGGGUCGGUUGGGAGGGGGUUGACUGCUCCAAACGAGACCCCGGGACAAACAUUACAGGGUGUCGAACAGAGAAUGGAAUACCUUGGAGGAUUCACUAAGGUCACGCCAAAUGAAAAGAAAAGGCAGCAAAUUACCCAAGCUGCCCAGAAAGAAACACAGGCAUACGAAGCCCACAAGAAGCAGAACACCCCACAGUCAUUCAGUUAUGUGGGAACAGCCGGCGGAGGCCAGACGACACAGACCGAUGCCCGCCGUAAACUGGUACAAACCACGCCAAACAAAACACAAAAGAUGCUUCAGCAACAAGAGAGGAAGUCCUUGACCAAGCAACAUGAAGAGGCAGAAAUUGAAAAGAAAAGAGCUGAACAGAGGGCAAAGGCUGAACGCAAUGAAAGACGGGACCAGGAAGAACGUCUUAACAGCGAAAAAAGGUGGGACGAGCAACGGAAGAGGAAGAAUGACGCCUUCCUAAGAGGACUGGAAAAUAAAACCAAAGGGUCUUCAGUGAAAGCACCAGCAUCUCAAAGUCAAACGAGACUGUCAGCACCACAGCCACCCGUUAGUAACAGCAGCCUACCGGAACCGGAAGAUGCCCUAUCAGAGGGCGCAGCAUGGCAUAUUGAAGAGGAGGAUCGCCUUCCUGGAGGUGCAACAGGGGAGGCCGAUCUCACAAUAGAAGAGAGGCGGCGCCUGGACGCCCUGAACGUCAUGUUCCCCAACUGUGCACGCGAUGUGCUGCGGUCUUUACUGGAGCAAACAGAUUUCUCGCUUGAUGCUGCAGUGGCCUUGUUACAUGACUAGAAGAUUUGAUAUUGAAAAAUGUGAUAAACUAUCCUUUGCUUCUAAUACUUUCUCUUGAUCAUACUUAAGUCAUUCUCAUUCAUCAGAGGUUUGAUAGUGAUAAAUCUACUGCGUGGUUCGCAUAGCAUCAUCACUCUGGUGUACGAGAAUGGCUUAAAUAUUAGUAUCAGAAAAGCCAUAUGUGCUUGAUUUGAAGAUGUAAAGCUAUUAAGAGAGAAACCACACAUUUUAUGUUUUGCACGUGUACAUUUUAUCGUGCCUUGUACAAGUAUAAUUACAUUUAACAGAAAACAGACGUUCCACUAAAAUUGUUUGACGAAUUGGAGCCAGUAUUUUUUCCUAUUCUUUUAGAUCGUAGUACCAUGACUAACUAAUGCAUGAAUAGUUUUAUCUGUGUAUAGCGCUUUAUAUUUAGAAAUAACUUUAUCCAGUUUGCCUGAUUUCUGCCAAUAAGUAAUUCAUGGUGUGAUUGAUGUUAUUGUCGGGGAUAUGAACGCAGUUGAGCUGGUUAUAACGGACUCCACACACUUUAACCAACCCAACUGCGUUCAUACAGUAAUAAUGACAUCAGUCACGCAAUUCAUUCAUUAUAUAUACUUGUUUCAUAUAAAUAGUUAUUAGCUAAGACAUGUAAAGUUGGCCUUUUGGCAACGGUAUAAAACAAUGGCCUUCUUGCGUGGUCUUCUUGAAUUAUUUUAUUUUUUUGUAAUUAUUCCUUAGGGAAUAUAUCCUACAAAGUUAUGUGAUUGUUACUGAGGGUUUUUCUUUUGCGGCCUUUAAGCAUAAAAUGUUUUUGUUCAUGUAGGACAAGUACGAUUUUGUUAUGUGUUCUUAUUAUUAAUUAUUCUAAUUUACAAACUGUUUGGGAUAUUUAUCAUAAUUGGUAUUAUUUAUAUGCAAUUUAAGUUUUCAAAUAUUUAAAAGGGAAAAAAUAACACAUAUUUGUUUGCCUAAAUUGUAAAUGCUGUGUUGUAGAUUCUUGAAGUAAUGCUUACUAGUUAGUAGAAGCUUAUUUUUCCGAAAACUUGUUUUGCUUCAACGUAAAAUAUAAUGUUUUUGAAUGUUUCAGUAUAUAAAUUGAUUUUACCAUUUUUGGUACAAUUGCAUAUAUGCUUAGCUUAGAGAUUGUAUCGAUCCAUUCACCGAACUAUAAACGUUUAUUCUGAUGUCAGAUGUCCCCUUAUUAGUCUAAUUUGAAAGGCAAAUAUUGUUGAUUAAGUUCUUAAUAAAAUACCUUUUGAUACACUCUUUA